AUGUUUAUUAGUUCGAGAACAGUUAGAACCUUACGAGGUAUACAAUGUCAUACUGUUCGGACGGUUACCACCAAGUAUACAGUCGCCCAGCGGUUGACUGCAGACUUCUGUACAAAGCUACAGUUAACAAACGAAAUCAAGGUACUUGAUAAAGUGCUAAAUGCUGUGAGUCACAACAGUUCAAUGCUGUAUAAGGGCAAAUACAGGAAUACUCCACAAAUUAUAGGAGCUCAAGACUACGGUCAGUUACAGCAUGUAGCGAAUGGUCUUGUGGAAUCGCUUGAAAGACAGGAUGUAUUGAACUCACACUGGACAGGCAAAACUAACAUUGGGAAAAUCGCAUUGCAGCUGUUUUUGGAUUGCCAUAAGGGUAAUGUUACGCCGUUAGCUAGCUCUCUUACAUGCAGUCUAUUACAGCAGUUUCUUCAGUACCCUUACAAAUCCACGGUCCAAGGAAUGAUCAACAGUUUGAAGAAAGUACAAGCUUUCCUGCAUGACAACAAGCUGACUAUCAAUGAUAGCCACGACAUAGAUAUUCUCAUCAGUCAUUUGACACAUAGUCCGAAAGACGCAAAACUUGUACGGGAGGUUAUGCAAGCUGUCAAUUAUAAGCUAUUCUCAGAUGAUAUUGUCAGAGUAGUUCGAGGUAAAAGGACAACUGAUGAGAUCGAUAUUUCGAAGGGGUGGAAAUUCACUGUUGGGUUGCUGAAUGAAAGCGAACCGUAUCUGAGAUCCAUUGAUAUCCCAAAAAAUAAACUGGUGUCUGCUAAUGAGCCUUUGUUGGUUCUUGUGUAUGACGGUACUCUAAGGGAGGCAAACAAGAUCCUCCCCACUCUUACUUACAUGAACAAAGUCGAGAAAUCCUUGUUACUGAUUGUCACUGAUAAUUGUGUUGGAGAGGCGCUGGCGAGUAUCACGAUAAACAACAAUAGGAAUAAACGGAAGGGGUCGAAGGUACGAACUUAUGUAAUGAGGUAUAACGAGAAGGACAACGACGGUCGAUCUGUACAGGAGAACACACCAUUACUUGAUUUUUUGGAGCUACCUAACCAUAUGCGCAGUGUAUAUUCACCUGAAUUCAGCGAGAUGGUACCCAGUACGAUCAAUGCUCAGCAAUAUUUUGGGAGCGUAGAAUCGUUAAAGGCCACUACGGGGGAAAUAUUCCUCUACAAUUCUUCGCAUGGUAAUUUAUCUGACGAUGCCCAUUUGAGGACCACUAUAACUGUUAAUGUCGGGGGUGAGAAUGAAAUUGAAAUCGAUCAGAGAAAGCACUCAUUGGACAAUCUUGUAAACAAUGUCCUGUGUCACGGUUUGAAGGACGGGUUUGUACCUACUUACGGCAUCGCGUUAGUAAAAUGCAUACCGAUGUUGAGCGCAUCAUUGGAACACAUUGAUGGGGGUCGCCAGAUAGGCGACCGCUUAGAUGCAAGGUUAGGCGUGGACGCUACACUUUCAAGUCUCCCCAUCGUCAUGGAAAGUGCUCUCACGAACAUGUACGGGUUUGAUCGAUUCACAGCCACCAGCUUGAUCUCUCAAACCGUCGAUAACGGGAAAUUCACCAUGGCACAGCUAUCCCUAAAGGGGGGUGCCAUUGAUACGCUGAAGACAGGUGCCCUCGAGCCCUGGAACAAGAUGGAUGCCACGUUGAAUGGUAUCGUCAAUUUCUUUACACUGCUAAGUAGUUGCGAAGUGGCCGUGUCUCGUGUUUUCGCAAAACCUUCAAAGACACCCAGAUCCUGA